AUGAGCAUCCCAGGCCUCCCCGUGGAGGGAUCACCGCAGUCCUACUGGCAGCAUGAAGCCCAGAAGCAACAAGUGCCUACACAUACUGAACCUCUCCCAAGAUCAUGUGAUGUAGCUAUCGUGGGCGGUGGUUAUGCAGGCAUUGCUACGGCUUACCACAUACUGAAAGCGACCUCUCCACCACCCAAUGUGUUCCUCCUGGAGGCAAAGGGUCCGUGUUCUGGAGCUACAGGACGGAAUGGAGGACACCUGCGCCCUGACUAUCUGAUGGGAGCUGCAAGCAACUCAAAGAAGUACGGUGCCUCUGCGGCGGCCGAGAUCGUGCAGUUCGAAGCCCGUCAUCUCGACGUGAUGAGGGCUCUUAUCAAAUCGGAAGCUAUCGACUGCGACUUCGUGGAGACAGAGAGUCUCGCUGUUCUUACAACCCCCGGGCAAGUCUCCAUGGUUCGUGAGGCAUACGAGGCCUUGAAGCAAUCAUCGUCUUUUAGUGAUGAGCUGCUGGAUAUGGUAGAGUUCCACGAGGGUGAAAAUGCACCUCAGCGCACAGGGUUGCGAGAUGCAAAAGGCUAUUUCUCCACGCCUGCAGCUCGGGUAUCGCCCUACAAGCUUCUCACGGCUCUUUUGGCGCAGUGUGUCGAUAUGGGACUCUCGCUAAAGACCCAGACUACGGUGGUAUCAAUUGAGGACGCUGAAUCAGGCGGUCAUAUCCUCAAAAUGCGCUCGGGAGAAACCAUGACAGCUCGAACUGUGGUCAUCGCCACGAACGCCUAUACCCCAGCACUUCUCCCCGAGUACGCUAGCUCUAUCAUUCCCUGCAAGGGACUUGCAUGCCACAUAACAGGCCCCAAAGGCAAGCCACUACCGAGACUCCUUGCGGCAAGUUAUGCUAUAAUGGAACAGGACACCAUCUCCAACAAGACCGGCUACAACUAUAUGGUACAACUAGACGACGACAGUAUAGUGGUCGGUGGCGCUCACCACAAGUAUGAUGAGAAUGACCCAGGGAGCUGGUACAACAACGUCGACGACACGCAACUCAUUGAGCCGGCGCGGCGGUACUUUGAAGAUGACUACAUGCAGCGGACGUUCGUCGGGUGGGAGGAGCCGGGCGCGCGUGUUGACCGCGUUUGGACGGGGAUCAUGGGGUAUAGUACUGAUUCGCUCCCUCACGUAGGCGAGGUUCCCGAUAGAUAUGGUGUAUUCGUAAUUGCUGGGUUCCAUGGACACGGUAUGCCUGUUAUCUUCUUGGCCGCGGAGGGCAUUGCCGCCAUGACUCAGGGGCUGGUGUACGAGGAUACUGGAAUGCCGUAUUUGUUCAAGACCUCUAGGGAUAGGUUGGAGUCGAAGAGAAAUGACAUCCUGGCUGGAAGGGGAAUCCGGUCGACGGAGGAGUAG